AUAGAUAGCAUCUAUGUUUAAAUUAAUGCAUGGAUUUUUUGUUUUAUUACGUAAAUUCAGUGAUGAAAUAUAUUGACGUCAGUAUCAUUGUAGCUAUUAUAACUAGCAGACAACACCCACGGACGCAAAAAUGUACAUUUAUAUUUUUAAAUACAUAUUUCUUCUUUUGUCAUGUGCUGUUUUGAUGUUAUAUUUUUUCUUCCGACAUAAAUAUGGAUACUGGAGAAAACGCGGUGUAUCUUCUGCAGAACCGACUAUUUUCUUCGGGAACCUCUCAUUCCUCAUGAGGUCAAGCAUCUCAGAUGCUUUUCGUGUGUUUAGUGAGAAGAAAAGUGAUUACUUAGGCAUAUACCUGUCAUGGAAGCCGACGCUUCUCAUCCAGUCCAAGGAGUACGCAAGAAAAGUAUUAGUUACAGACAGCGAGUAUUUUCAGGACAGAUAUAGCUAUGCUGGGCUAGAAGAAGACCCCUUGGGAUCGCUGAAUUUAUUUUCUGUCAAGGGUAAGACUUGGAUCAAAAUGAGAGCUGGUAUAAUGCCCAUGUUCACGCGAAUGCGUUUGAAACAGCUAACAGAACUCAUAAACCGGAAUUCCAUGGAACUUGUCAAAAAAAUACAACGAGACUAUCUCGAUACAAACACACCAAUACAUCUUAAGAGUCUAUUUGCCAUGUACACUUCCGAUAAUGUGGCUUUUACUGUAUUCGGUCUACGUGUAAGUGCCUUAAAAGAAAGCACUUCACCGCUAUGGCGCAUAACAGGACCUAUGGCCAAAUGGAGUUUUUGGAGAGGCGUCGAAUUUUCCACGAUAUUAUUCUUACCUUGGUUGGCAAAAUUAAUUAGGUUAAAGUUCUUUUCAGAACGUGCUACAAACUACAUAAGGAAAUUAUUUUAUGAUGUUGUCGAAAGACGCAAAGGCACCGGACAAUCAAGCGAAAGUGAUCUUGUUAAUCAAUUAUUAAAAUUAAAAGACAAUUUAAAGCUACCAGCAGAACCAGACAGUCAACUAGCGGACGAUUUGAUGUUGGCACAAGCCGCUUUAUUUAUAUUCGCCGCAAUUGGAACCUCAUCCACUACAAUUUGCUAUUGUCUGCACGAACUGGCACAUAACCUUGAGAAACAGGAAAAAUUGUUUCAAGAAGUGGAUGCAGCGAUAAAAUCAAGCGGAAAACAAAUUUUAGAUUUUGAUGAAUUAUCAAAUCUCAAAUAUCUAAAGUCUUGUAUUCUAGAAACAUUAAGAAAGUAUCCACCAGUGCCAUUUUUGGAUAGGAUUUGCAAUAAGACGUACAAACUGAACGACGAGGUGACCAUUGAGAAAGGCACGCCGGUGUUCGUGAAUGUGAUUGGAAUCCAUCACAGCGAGGAUUAUUUCCCCGAGCCCGGGAAGUGGCUUCCCGAGAGGUUCGUUGAGACAUCGGACGCUGAUAAUCUCGACUUUACAUUCCUACCGUUUGGAGGAGGACCCCGGAAUUGCAUGGGUUUUCGUUAUGGGCUGAUGCAAGUAAGCAGUGCUGUCGCUCACAUGGUGGCCAAAUACAGGUUUGAGAGCAGAGAUCCACACAUUAUAGAAGCUGACCCUUACAGUUUUCUAUUGACGCCUAAAACUGCGUCAAAUUUUAAAUUUGUGGCAAGAUAAAUAGAUUUAUGUGACUGUCUAACUGA